AUGGAGGCACAGUUAUACCAAAAAUUCUUUACCUUGGAGCUUUUGCCCACAUCUAUUGCUCAGCUCAAGGUGGUGCAGACCCAGUAUGUGGAAGCCAAUAAUUGUCUGAAUGUGCUGAACAAGAGCAACAAGGAAAAAGAAUUACUGAUCCCACUGAUGAGUUCCAUGUGUGCCCCUGGGAAGCUCCGUGAUAUGGAGCAUGUGCUCCUAGAUGUGGGAACUGGCUACUAUGUGAAGACAGCUGAAGAUGCCAAGGACUUCUUCAAAAGGAAGAUAGACUUUCUUACCAAGCAGAUGGAGAAAAACCAGCCAGCCCUACAGGAGAAGCAUGCCAUAAAACAAGCAGUCAUGGAAAUGAUGAGCCAGAAGUACCAGCAGCUCACAGCUCCCGGAGAGACUCAGAAGGUUGCCAAGGCAUGA